AUGGACAACGCCGAUGCCGCGGGACCGACCGCCUCUAAUUCCCUCAAUGGGACGAGUUCACAACCAAAGAAGGUCGCUUACUUCUAUGAUUCCGAUGUUGGCAACUAUGCAUAUGUUUCCGGUCAUCCUAUGAAGCCGCACCGAAUACGGAUGGCCCACAGCUUGAUCAUGAACUACGGCUUGUACACCAAGAUGGAGAUCUACCGCGCGAAGCCAGCUUCCAAGUACGAAAUGACGCAGUUCCACACCGACGAGUACAUUGACUUUCUCCACAAAGUCACGCCUGACAACAUGGACAACUUUUCGAAAGAGCAGAGCAAAUACAAUGUAGGAGAUGAUUGCCCCGUAUUUGACGGUCUCUUCGAGUUCUGCGGUAUAAGUGCUGGCGGGACCAUGGAGGGUGCAGCCCGUUUGAACAGAGGCAAAUGCGACGUGGCCGUCAAUUGGGCUGGUGGUCUACAUCACGCAAAGAAAAGCGAGGCUAGUGGUUUCUGCUAUGUCAAUGACAUUGUCCUCGGCAUCAUCGAACUCCUACGAUACAAGCAGCGCGUCCUUUACAUCGAUAUCGAUGUGCACCACGGAGAUGGUGUCGAGGAGGCUUUCUACACGACCGAUCGCGUCAUGACCGUUUCCUUCCACAAGUAUGGCGAGUAUUUCCCCGGUACCGGCGAACUCAGAGAUAUCGGUGUCGGUGGUGGCAAGCACUACGCGGUCAAUUUUCCACUGCGUGACGGUAUAACCGAUGAGACGUACCGCAACAUCUUCGAGCCUGUCAUCGAGGCUGUCAUGACCUACUACUGCCCUGAAGCAAUCGUCCUCCAGUGCGGUGGCGAUAGUCUGUCCGGUGACAGGCUUGGUUGCUUCAAUCUCAGUAUGGAUGGCCACGCCAACUGCGUGCGCUUUGUCAAGAGCUUUGGUAUUCCAGUCAUUGUGUUGGGUGGUGGUGGCUACACCAUGAGGAACGUCGCGCGAACAUGGGCUUACGAGACUGGUCAGCUUGUGAAUCAGCACAUGGAGAAGCAGCUACCUUUCAACGACUAUUACGAGUACUUUGCUCCGGAUUAUGAACUGGAUGUCCGGCCAUCGAACAUGGAAAAUGCGAACUCCGCCGACUACCUCCACAAGAUCAAGUCCUCAGUGAUCGACAGUAUCAGGCGAACCGGCAAGCCGUCGGUUGAGGCGUUCACUAAUAUUCCUGAUAAUCCUCCUCAGCUUGCAGGCUAUGACUCCGAUGCCGAAGAGGAGAUGAACGACCUCGACGCUGACGACAACCCCGAUGUACGCUCUACGCAGCGACAACGCGAUCAACAGAUUGAGGCUGAGGGCGAGCUCUACGAUCCGAGCGACGAUGAAGACUAUAAGAAUGGUCUAGGUGUGCGCCGACAGCCAGGCGCUAGGAGGAAGCGCAACAUCAUGGACUUCCAGAACCCCAAUGCAGAUGAUGGCGCAGAAACUCCAGAUGCCUCCCGUGGGCUCAAUGGAGAGCCAGCACGGCGGCGAAGAUCAGUGUCUGGCACUUCAUCUGCACAGCCUCCCAAUGGCACUGCGUCACGAAACCGAACGCCCCUCCCUACGGCUGCUGAGGAAGAUGCCGAUAUCGAGAUGGAGGAGGCAGAGGGAGCCGCGGUCCCAGCUACAACCGCUGCUGAGCCUGUUCCGGCCACAGAAUCGAGGACACAAUCACCACCGGCGGUUCCAACUCCUCCUGACUCGCCUGAUGCACAGCCUGCGACGGCGGCUGCUCCGGCUGCAGAUGUGGAGAUGGCAGAGGCGGCGGAAGAGCAGGCAGACGCUGACGAUAAGGCCCAAGCGAAAGAAGAAGGGCAGUCGGAGAGAGACACGGAGAACGUCAAGGGCGAGGUGCGCGCAGAGGUUGCCAAAGAGGAACCGUGA